AAGAGUGAAAGGGCAUCGAUUGCAUUGUGUUGUAUUAUACAUCAAUCAUCAUAUCAAAAAUUAAAUAGCCGAAGAAGAAGAAGACGAAGACGGCGAUCUCCACGUACCUCACAUUUUUCACUCUUCAUUUCCUGAAAGUGCAAAGCCUCUCUGUUUUUGUUUCUCUCUUCCCUUUUUCAUUCACAGCACAAAAAUGUCUUUCUCCGCAUCCAACUUUGCUCGGCCUCUUCCUCUCCAUCUCAGAUCCAAUGACAAACACAUCUCUUUCCACCCAUUCACUCCCUUCCUUGGAUCCGCUCCCAAGCUUCGCUUCAUUGCCCCCAUUAAGCUUAAUGCUCGCUUUCCUUCCUCUGUUUUCUCUGUCUCCAAUGUUGUCAAGGACAAGAAGGUCAAAUCAGCUGCCAAUCUGCUUAUUACGAAAGAAGAAGGCUUGGUGCUCUAUGAAGACAUGAUAUUAGGUAGGGCCUUUGAAGACAUGUGUGCCCAGAUGUAUUAUAGAGGCAAAAUGUUUGGUUUUGUUCACUUGUACAAUGGCCAAGAAGCUGUGUCAACUGGGUUCAUCAAGCUUCUCAAGAAAGAAGACUCUGUAGUGAGCACCUACCGGGACCAUGUUCAUGCACUGAGUAAGGGGGUUCCUGCGCGUGCUGUAAUGAGUGAGCUCUUUGGGAAGGCCACAGGAUGCUGCAGAGGUCAAGGUGGAUCCAUGCAUAUGUUCUCAAAGGAGCAUAAUUUGAUUGGUGGGUUUGCUUUCAUUGCUGAAGGGAUCCCUGUGGCCACUGGAGCAGCAUUUUCCAGCAAGUAUAAAAGGGAGGUGUUGAAAGAGGCAGGUGCUGAUUACGUAACAUUGGCAUUUUUCGGAGAUGGAACAUGUAACAAUGGACAGUUCUUUGAAUGCCUAAAUAUGGCAGCUUUGUGGAAAUUGCCAAUUGUGUUUGUGGUGGAAAAUAAUUUGUGGGCUAUUGGCAUGUCACAUCUCAGGGCAACUUCAGAUCCUCAGAUAUGGAAGAAAGGGCCUGCAUUUGGAAUGCCGGGGGUUCAUGUUGAUGGGAUGGAUGUUUUGAAGGUCAGAGAGGUGGCAAAGGAAGCCAUUGAAAGAGCCAGACGAGGAGAGGGACCAACUUUAGUAGAAUGUGAGACCUAUAGAUUCAGAGGACAUUCAUUGGCUGAUCCCGAUGAGCUUCGUGACCCUGCUGAGAAAGCACACUAUGCUGGUAGGGAUCCCAUCUCUGCACUGAAGAAAUACAUGAUUGAGAACAAACUAGCCACUGAACAGGAAUUGAAAACCAUAGAGAAGAAGAUUGAUGAGGUUGUUGAGGACUCUGUUGAGUUUGCAGAUGAAAGUCCUCUUCCACCCCGCAGCCAGCUUCUGGAGAAUGUCUUUGCCGAUCCAAAGGGUUUUGGAAUUGGACCUGAUGGCAGGUACAGAUGUGAGGACCCAAAAUUCACUCAAGGCACUGCUCAUGUCUAAUCUU